AUGAACGAUAACAUUGACAACGGCGGCCGCGGGAGCUUGAGGGGGUUCUACUCGUACAAGAACACGUUUAACAAGGAUAGUGUUUGGCUGGACAUUCCAAAACAUGUGAUAUUCGUCGACAACUCAGAUCCGUACACGCAAGACUUGGAGCCCGCCCUAACAGAGUCCGAGGCCGCGUUACUGGCUGCGAAUUCGCAAAGUGCGCGCUGGGAUAAUCCGCAGAUAGCUCCGACGGAGAGGGAGGAGACUCAAGGCGUCGAGGCGCUCUCGACACUUGCAGCUGGAGCGCAUGAUCGCCUUCCGUAUCCGGCUUUGGUAGUAGACCAACCGUCUGUUUCGACGCCUGGAAGCGUCACUACACCCUUCAGUUCUAUUUCAACAACGAUGCCCGCCUCUCAUCCACAUCGGAUACCCCGGUCAAUAUCAGCGCAGAUCUCUCCGCCCAUCUCGAUCCAUUCUGAUAAUGGGAACAAUACCAAUAUUCACUUCCUCCUUAAUCCGUCGCAGUCUUUGUCGCCUCCAAUUGAUCCAACCAUUCAGCGUACUCCAGAUUCUGCUGGAUCUCCAUUACCACUGAAGCCAAUCGAGAACAAUCUGGAGGGGCGUGUGGAGACAGAUUAUGAGAUAACUUUUCUUUUGAGGCACUUUUCAGAGGUUCCGGGGCCGUGGAUGGACCUGUAUGACUUUGGGACCUAUUUUUCAUCCCAGGUGCCAAUCAAAGCACUUCGUAAUCCAUUACUCAAAUACGCUGCUUGUGCACAAGCUGCAAAGCAGCUAGGGCACGUCCAUGUAUCCAGAUCUGUCGGAGUCCGUCUAAGUCGAGCGUUUUCAGGAGUGCAGAAAGAUUCCACCAAUAUCGACUGGUGCUGGAAAGGGGCCAAAUACUAUGAGAAGGCCAUUCAGCUCUUGAUGAAGGAGCUACAACCCAAUGGUGGCAACCGUGAUAUGACGGCUCAAGGCAAGGUAGAUGGAAUGAGUGAUGACGCUGAUGCACAGCGUGCACGGAGUUACACCGUGUAUAGACUCUCACAUGGAGUCCGCUCGGAUGAAAUAUUGGCAGCCACUGCUAUUCUGUCUGUGUACGAACUACUUGAUGCAACGGGUCCGGCAUGGAACCGGCAUUUGAGUGGCGUCAAGUCAUUACUGGACCUAGCGGAGGUUGGAAUGCGACCACUCCAGCGCCUACCACCCGGGGACCUCUCCCUGCAGCUCACAAGACCGAGUCUCUCUAAGGCUAGAAAAGCAACUUUUUGGAACUUUGCUCGGCAAGAUUAUCUCUCUGCUUUUAUAAACGGAAGUCGCACCAGAUUACACACUGAAGAUCUCGCCCUGUGGACAGAGGCAGGUCUUAAGAUCGAUAGCCUAGGAUUUGUGCGCCCUAACAAUGCGAGCGCGGGCGGGCACCCGGGAGAGGGUAUAAUGCAGGAAGACUCGAUCUCCAAUGCGCUGGUUUGGAUCAUCUCCAAGAUCAUAAACUUCAUAAGCCCGAACAAAAGUGCACAUGUCGGACCCCCAGGCGCGGUAAACUCGAGCCCCAUGGGUCUUCCCCAGCAAGUCUCGCUAGAGCGGUGGUACCGUCUUGAAGCCGAGCUUGAUGUGUGGUACAAAGGUCUGCCGGAAACAUUCCACCCAUGUGCUCGUAUCGGCAUCCCAGAGACCGCAAGUCAGAGCGAUAAAACUGACGAUGCGCCGUCGUUGUCUGAGAUAUGGUAUAGUAUACCAAUGUGCUCGUCCGCCAUGCAACAUUACCACAUGGGUCGCAUCCUGCUCCAUAUCCACAAGCCGCCGCAGCCCAGCGGUGCAACGAAUCCGAUCACCAGCCGAUACAACUCGACCGAUAUCCAGUUUCACAGCCGUGAGAUCGUAGGCAUUGCCAUGGCCUGUCCGGCGGGUUCAGUGCGGAUCAACUCUCUCCAGCCGCUGUUCGUUAGCGGUCAAUGCCUAACUGAUCCUAGUGAGCGGCGAAUGGUUCUGCGGCUACUGCAAGAUAUUGAGAAGGACUUAGGCUGGGCAACUGAGUACCGCGCUCAGCAAUUGCGCAGGGAAUGGGGCUGGGAUAAGGAUACUGAUGUCACGGGUGUUUCUUGA